GAGGCCCCAGAGCCCCCAGAGGAGCCGCUCCUGGGGGAGCUGACAGUGACAGGAGCCUCCCCUGACUCGCUGAGCCUCUCCUGGACCGUCCCCCAGGGCCACUUCGACUCCUUCACCGUGCAGUACAAGGACAGGGACGGGCGGCCCCAGGCGGUGCGUGUCGGAGGCGAGGAGAGCGAGGUCACCGUGGGGGGCCUGGAGCCCGGGCGCAAGUACAAGAUGCACCUGUAUGGCCUCCACGAGGGGCGGCGCGUGGGCCCAGUGUCUGCCGUGGGUGUGACUGCCCCCAAAGAGGAGCCCCCCGAUGUUCCUCUUGUGAAGCCGCGUCUAGGGGAGAUGACUGUGACAGAUGCCACCCCCGACUCCCUCAGCCUGUCCUGGACGGUCACCGAGGGCCAAUUUGACCAUUUCUUGGUCCAGUACAAGAAUGGGGAUGGGCAGCCCAAGGCGGUGCGGGUGCCAGGACACGAAGACGAGGUCACCAUCUCGGGCCUGGAGCCAGACCACAAGUACAAGAUGAACCUGUACGGCUUCCACGGUGGCCAGCGCGUGGGCCCCGUCUCUGCUGUUGGUUUAACUGCCCCAGGAAAUGAUGAAGAAAUGGUCCCAGCCCCGACAGAACCUCCCACACCCGAGCCCCUCAUCAAGCCUUACCUGGGGGAGCUGACUGUGACAGAUGCCACCCCCGACUCCCUCAGCCUGUCCUGGAUGGUCCCCGAGGGCCAGUUUGACCACUUCCUGGUCCAGUACAGGAACGGGGACGGGCAGCCCAAGGUGGUGCGGGUGCCGGGGCAUGAGGACCGGGUCACCAUCUCGGGCCUGGAGCCAGACCACAAGUACAAGAUGAACCUGUACGGCUUCCACGAUGGCCAGCGCAUGGGCCCCGUGUCUGCCAUCGGGGUGACAGCUGCAGAGGAAGAGACCCUCAGACCCACAGAACCCAGCAUGGAGGCCCCAGAGCCUCCCGAGGAGCCGCUCCUGGGGGAGCUGACAGUGACAGGAGCCUCCCCUGACUCGCUGAGCCUCUCCUGGACCAUCCCCCAGGGCCGCUUCGACUCCUUCACCGUGCAGUACAAGGACAGGGAUGGGCAGCCCCAGGCGGUGCGUGUCGGAGGCGAGGAGAGUGAGGUCACCGUGGGGGGCCUGGAGCCCGGGCGCAAGUACAAGAUGCACCUGUAUGGCCUCCACGAGGGGCGGCGCGUGGGCCCUGUGUCUGCCGUGGGUGUGACUGCCCCAGAAGAGGUUGUGGACGAGACCCCCAGACCCACAGAACCCAGUACAGAGGCCCCAGAACCCCCUGAGGAGCCACUCCUGGGGGAGCUGACAGUGACAGGAGCCUCC